AUGGAGACCGAUCUACUGCGGUACUCUGAGCGAGGGAUUGUACGGAACACGAAGGUUGUAGAUGUCAAGAUUGACGAAGAGGGAAAUUUUGAGUUCCCGGUGCUUGUGACUCUGUCUACGGAUGGUUUUGAGAAGACAGUUCGCACGAAGCAUCUUAUUGGUGCUGAUGGGGCGCAUUCGGUCGUCCGGCAGUGUAUGGGGCUGUGGCUGGAAGGAGAGUCUGGGGACCUUCUUGAUCGAAACAGUGUCUCUGUACAAGCACUGGAGGCAGUCACCUUGCUAGAAGCACAGUUCCCCAAGUCGACUAUUGAGCAGAUUAUUCUGCAUCCCCAGCUGCAUCGGUCCUUUGAGUGGAACGACGUGCCGACAUGUGUGAAACAACAAACUGAGAUGCGCUUCUAUGAUGGGUCAGCUUUAGGUGAUGCAUAUACUACCUAUGGUGUAGACUCAGCACAGGGCACAUUGGUGGUGGUCAGGCCUGAUGGGUAUGUUGGCGUUUUUGCUUGUCUUAGUGAGUGCAGAGGGUGGGUGAAUAUACGAGGCAGUGCAUUCGGACUGUCUAGUAAUUAG